AUGGUCAUUAUGGAUGAAGAGGAUGCAGCCUUUAUCCGUACUUUGGCUGUUGCUCCUGCUCAUAGAUCACCACAGGAGAAUGCUGCUAUUUUCGGUUAUCUGCGUACAAUCGAAGGUUUAAACAUUUCUGGCCCGUCAUCAGCUUACCGAGAUGCUGAACUACGUACAAUCAGUCAUUUUGCUCGUUAUCGUCGCGUUCCGGGUGAUGUAUUAUUGUAUCACACUGGCGAAUGGUGCGAUUCGUGGUUCAUCCUAAUUAGUGGAUCAGUACUUAUUGAAAGCUCAAUGUUUUUACCUCGAGCAUGUUUUGGAACUCGCACAAAUGGAAAUUUUUAUCGUCGCAAUGAUUGUCUUGUCCUUGAACCAUCUGAUCUUGUUGUAAUUGAUUAUCUGGACAGUGAAAGUUUACCCGUAUCAUUCACUGAUACUCAUCGUCAAGCUGUAGCCCCAUACAAACACCGACCUUCUCUGGAUCUUAUAUCUAAUUCAAAUGGUAGUAGUUCACGUGUUAUUGGAGUUUCAUCAAGUGAUCGUUGUUUGGAAUUACCUCAUAAUGUUGGAUCACCACUAAAAACUCCACCUUCAUCAUCAGUCGUUCCUCUCAAUCAUGAACAAGAUAAAAGAAUCAGACGAGCUGUUAAAGCUAAGCCAAAACUCGAUAGUAAUGAUCCUUUGAAGUCUUCACACCUAAGCGACACAUCAUCAGCGCAUUCUUUAAGUUCUGGAGGCAUUCAGAAUGAUACAAACCAUGGACGCUCAUUUCAGUCACCCAAUACAACAACUCCAGAAAAACAUGAUAAGAAGCAAAUUAAUAAUUGUCCUGGAUGGUACAAAACUGGAUCAGACACUAGUCAUUUAGCAGAUUCUGAAGAAGACGAUGAUGAAGAAGACGAUGAAGAUGAAGAAGAUUUUGAAUCGGUAGUCAUGAGUCUAUUCGUGAUGCUUUUUGGGAGUCAAUUCUUAAACUACCCUCAGAACGUACACAGGAAGAUAUUGAUUUGCUAUUGGAAAAUGUUGGACAGUUACCUGCUUUCUCUAAUUUAA